CGGCUACAAUUUUCCGAUCUUGUAUGUAGCUAUUUUCUUCGAUGUUUCAAGCAGUGUUGUACAAAUACCAAAUAUUGGACAUUUGCUUGGCUUUAUUACUGGCUAAAUAGCUAGUUUACGUUAAAUCACAACAUUAGCUAUAGCAAAGAUGCUUUGUUGAACUGAGCCGUCGCAGCUUGAAGGAACCGCUGGAAUAAUGCAGCUUUAUGCUAAUGCUAGCUACAUAUUCGUAAUUUAUACAACAAGUAAACAUCGCCUAUUUAUCUCCCGGGUGAAUGAAGGAGAUUCUCUUUCCAGUUGACACUGUGAAAAUGAAGGGUCAACAGAAAAGCCCAGACCCGGAUGAAAGUGCACAUGUCAUUGAAGAAGGUAACGUCACGUGGAAAGGAAAUAAUGCCCCUCAAAACAUCAGAAGACACCCAUGGUAUUUUCUUGCUUAUAUUAUAGAGAUUUUUGCUCUUUCAGGUGCAGUGGCUACAGCUGAUGACCCAUCAGCUGCCAUCGCCACCAUUCAGUCUGCCGCCAACUUCUCCUCAGAGCAUCCCAUAAAGUAUCUAUUCAAGACGGAGGGAGCUGGGGGGCAGGUAGGGGAGCUGUACUACCCUCCCGCUGGGCAGGUGACAUACAGAGUCAUCCAGGUGUCUGAUGGACAGUUGGAGGCUCAAAGUGAUGGAGCCACAGCGGUCAGUGUGCUCACUGGAUUUCCUGCAGCCACACAGCCUAUGACCCAGGCUGUGUUCUCUCAGUCCGAGGGGUUGGAAGGGGACGGCACUGAGACACAUUACACCUACUACCCUGCCACCAUCGCUGAUACUUCACCAGGCACCAUGGUAACCAGCGUGGUGCAGGCAUCUGAUACACAUCUAAGUCAGAGCACUCCCACUGGGCAGUUGUAUGUGAUGAUGUCCCCCCAGGAAGUGCUGACAGGAGCUAACCAGAGGUCCAUUGCACCUCGCACACAACCUUACAACACAAAAUCAGAGGUCCCACGCACUUCUAGAGAUGACAAAAGGCGAGCCCAGCACAACGAGGUUGAACGUAGACGCAGGGACAAGAUCAACAACUGGAUUGUCACGCUCUCAAAGACUAUCCCAGACUGCAACAUUGACCCUACCAAGUCAGGGCAGGUCAGUAUCAGUAAUGAGAGUAAAGGUGGGAUCCUCUCCAAAGCCUGUGACUAUAUCCAGGAGCUUCGGCAGAACAACCUCAGACUCGGGGAUGACCUAAGCACCCUGGAGAGGCUCAGAAUGGACAACCAACUACUGAGGCAGGAGGUAGAAGACUGGAAAUCCAAGAACCAGAUUCUGAGGAACCAGAUGCGACAGAAUGGCAUUGUUGGAGCAGCAACAGCAGACCCUCAGUGAUGGGCAGCAUGGGUAGUCAGGGGAGAAAAAGGAUGUUAGAUCAUAGAAUUUGAAUAUCUCAGUGGAGGAAUGGUAGAAUUACCUUGUGACAGAACUUUGGACCUCAAACCAGAAGAAAAUUCUCACUUCACUACAAAAUCAGUCUGAAGGAGUUUGCAGAUAAGUCAUUAAAUGGUCACAUUUUACAUACGGAAAACAAUCUUAGCUCUUAUAAGUAAAGAUUUUCCCUGCAGCUAUUCAGCUGUCAUGUACAUACAAUUGUUUAGCUUUUUUACCUUUGACACAAUUGCGCUUCAAUGUAUCAAGUAUAUUUAGUAACUCUUAGUGUAAGUCUAAAAAAAUACAUUUACAUUUGAUACAUCUAGUAUCAGAUGUCCCCACUUCCAGAAAUGGCUCAGCACUUUGUUUUUCUGAAGUUGUCAGUGGAAUAUGUAUUACAAUGAUAUAUAUAUAUAUUGUAAUAAAGGAUCUUUGUAUUGGUAAAUUAUGAUGGAACUUCACAAUUGAGUGAAAAACGUAAUGGGAUUCAGAGCUUUCUGUUCGCUUCACUUAUUGAAUCCACUAUGAACAUCAGUUGUAUCAUUCUGAUUUUUCAUUUCAUCAUUAGCUAACCUAGUACAUAAUGUAUGAUUGUUAUUAGCAUUUUUAAUUAAACAAAAAUAUCCAAGUAA